CAGGCACUCCUCGCUGAGCCGCCAUGUCCAAGCGUGGUCGCGCCGGCUCGAUGGGCAACAAGUUCCGCACGACGCUUGGUCUGUGCGUGGGCUCGGUGAUGAACUGCGCGGACAACACCGGCGCCAAGAACCUGUACAUCAUCUCGGUCAAGGGCAUCAAGGGCCGCCUCAACAAGAUUCCCGGCGCGACGUGCGGCAACAUGGUGAUGGCGACUGUCAAGAAGGGCAAGCCGGAGCUGCGCAAAAAGGUGAUGCCGGCGGUGGUGGUGCGGCAGCGGCGGACGUGGAGGCGGGUCGACGGCGGCGGGUACAUCUACUUUGAGGACAACGCGGGCGUGAUUGUCAACGUCAAGGGCGACCUCAAGGGGUCGGCCAUCUCGGGCCCGGUUGCCAAGGAGUGCGCCGACCUGUGGCCCCGCAUCGCCUCGGCCGCCGGCACCGUGCUGUAAAUCGAACCCGAGAGGGAUACGGGGGCGGUGCAUGCCUCCGCGCACGCCCCGCUCUUUGGCUUUGCGCCGAGGCGCAGCGAUGGUUGCGGAGGAGGGGGAGGAGGCCACGCCCCCUGUGUGACUAUCUGUAAAAAAAGCCUGUUGUCCUCCGGGCGGGGCAAACCGUGA